CUCAGUCGGCCGCUCGCAACAAUGGAGAGAGGUCAUUCUUCGCUGAAGCUCCUCAUUGGGGCCCUUCUCUUGUCAGCAGUUUUUGCCGAAGUUACGGACAAAGAUGUAGUGAAGGCUAGAGUGGAGAGCUGCAGUGGAUGACGUCUGAAUAGCCUCCCACAGGUGAAGAAAUUCAUCAUGGAGGACAUGCCACUCUUUCACAACGCCGACGUGAAAUUCAUCGGCGGUGCCCCUCCCGAGCUGGUGCUGCUCAACGCUUCGAAUGAGGAGGUGGAGCGUCUGCCCCUGUCCGAGCUGAACCGCGAGGAGUGCAACAUGCUCAUGCUGAAGAAGGGCUUCUACAAGAAGACCAAGAAGGACGAGGAGGUUCCCGACCAGUACCGGGAAGGGCCCUACAAGGAGAGGGUGGAACUCUAGGAUGUGAUUUUUUUUUAACCUAACGAAAUGUAGUUCAACAGCACACGCCAGGCAUUUCUCUUGGUGGCGGGCCACGUGUUCAAUUCUAUCCCUUCCGUUUUAAUUUGUAGCGUGUGCAAUUAGACCUUAAGUUAGAUGCACAUAAAAAAAAUCAUUAUUGUGUGUAAAUGAAGAUUUAUCAGUUUAUAGUUUCCUCCUUUGUACUUUUUCACCUCCCUUUGUAUCGCGACGAGGAGUGGACGUGGCGGGGCGAGGGGCCGUCGGCGGUCGGGCGGCGCCAUGAAGAGGGCGGCGGAAAGGGUGAACACUCGCGUCGUCUUCGGAUGCCAGAAGUCGUCCUGGCAGCUGACGGCCGUUGCUCCGCCUGUUGAUGGACUCGUUGCAGAUCCUAAUAAGAUGUGUGAUUUAAAACGGAUA